AUGCGCGGUGUGUCCAUCCGCCAAGUGGAGGCGCAUGGUGGUUGGCCAUCAUGGUUCGCGGGGCUGGUGCUCAGCAACCCCAUUUCGAAUCCCAGAACAUCUUCAGAGACUAGGGACGUCAGCCGCACCAGACCAUUGCUACAAGACUUCGACGCUCUUGGAGCAUGGUUCGACGGUGUCGCGGCGAUCAACACUACCACCUCUGCGGCCUCAUCCAAGAAGAAUGCGACCAUCGCGAUAGUCGGCGCCGGAAUCUCUGGUCUCGCUACGGCACUGAUGCUUGACAGCGUAGGUGUGCACAACUGGGAGAUCAUCGAGGCAAGUGACCGGGUCGGAGGACGGUUCCGAACCAAGUACGUUGGUGGAACGCAAGAAUGGGCGGAGAUGGGACCUAUGCGCCUUCCUCACUCAAUUACAUACAAGGACGGAGAGACCAUCGAAUACAGCGACCAUCAAAUGGUAUUCCAGUUGGCCGAGAUGCUCAAUGAGAUGAACGCAAACGAUCCGCAUUACAAAGUCGACUUCAUUCCAUGGGUCCAGCAUCACCCCAACGAGAUCCUCGGCCUGGGAACUGGCAGACUCCUAAAUGGACAGCUUCCGACGCGAGCGGAGAUCCAAGCAAACUCGUCUCUUGGGCGACCAGCACCACUGGACACGCAGGAGUACACCGAAACCAAGCAGCGCAUGAACGAGAUUUUGAAGUCAAAGGACAGACUCAAGGCCGUGCAACGCGAUGUGUGGCGCGAACACAAGAAAGCCAUGGAUCAAGGUCUCGACGACUGGAGCGAGCAGGCCAUGAUGCGCCACGUCUUCGGUGCAAGCGAAAACGUCACAGACGCCAUCUGGACAGCGAGCGACUACGACGUCUUCUGGGACGAGUUAGUGCACAACUCGAACCUUGCGCAAGAUGGCGGACCGGAUGCAUUGGGCCUGACUGAGUGGAAGUGUGUAGACGGCGGCUUCAACAGACUGUCUGAUGCAUUCCUUCCACAUGUCAGCGACCGUCUCACCCUCAACCGUAAGAUCAGAAAACUGGAGGCUGUCGAAGAUGCCGAAAGUCACACACGCACGAAACUGUCGUGGUAUCCUAGUGUCAGCAACAGAACGUACGAGUCGAAAGAAUACGACUACACAAUCAUGGCAGUACCAUUCACCAUGACACGCUUCAUGUCGCUUCCCAAAUUCUCCUCCGUACUCGGUCGCGCAAUCAGCGAAGCUGGCCUCCGUUUCAAAUCCGCCUGCAAAGUCGCGCUACUCUUCAAAGAACGCUUCUGGGAGAAGGGCGAUCGUCCCAUCUUCGGCGGAUACUCUACGCCUCCUAGUGCAGCCGUCGGCGCUCUUUACUAUCCCGUCUACGGCCUCAACGAGUCUCGCCCAGGCUUGAUCCUGCAUUAUCGAGGUGGCCACUGGAGUGACGAGUUCACGAGCUUCUCAGACGAAGAAUAUGUGCAGACUGUGUUGGAUGCUGUUGUCAGUGUGCAUGGAGAGCAAGCGAGAGAGCUGUAUACGGGUGACUACGAGAAGCUGUGUUGGCUGCAGGACGAGCAUACGGGGACGGCUUGGUGCCGUCCGGAUGUGAUGCAGCAUAAGUUGUAUAUUCCGGCAUACCAUCAGACGGAGCACAACACUAUCUUCAUUGGGGAACAUACGGCCCCGACGCAUGCUUGGGUCAGUUCGUCGCUGCAUUCCGCUGUUAGGGGUUCUGUGCAGCUGUUGCUUGAGCUGGGUUUGGUGGAUGAGGCGAAGCGGGUCAAUGAGGAGUGGAUGGGCAGGUGGAUUCAACAUACGACCACGUAG